AUGUCCACUGGUUUGAAAACUGCUCUGCCUACUGCUGGCACUGACCCUGUCGAUGUGCCACCAGAUGCGCAAUCACCUCUGGUGCUAACCACUCAGCCUACCCUAAACACUCCAGCGAGUGAUUUGCAGCUGGGCACUGAAUUUUUGUUGGCGCCCACUGAGGACACAUCUAACCCAUUGGGUGCCACACCUGCUGGUACCUCCACUGAGGCCAAUGUUGAACUGGCUGCUGGUCUGGCAACACCUCAAGCUGAGGUUGCUUGUUUGCCAGUAGUCAUGAAGGCCGCUGAUGAUGCCAAUAUGUAA